ACUGUCAUGCAAACCGUGGAAAGUUGUAUGUGAAUGGACCUUUAGUGUAGUACAAGUGUUACAAGCUUUGUUAACGCACAUACACACAUACAUUUGUAUAUCAUAUACCAUAAAUUAAUAUUACAAAGUGAUCAGUAAUCUUUAUUUAGCACCAGAAUUAGUAAAGCCACGAUUCAUCGCAAAAGAACAUGUGACUAAUACCACUUUUGAUCUUUGUUUGGCAUUUGUUUGAUUAUCUUAACGUACUUGCGUCAAGUAUCUUGAUGUUAUCCAACAAAAUGGAGUAAGUUAUUAUUAGAAAUUUAAUCCACCAAAAUGAAGAAUUGUUCGUCGACCUUGUCCCGUACAGUUUAGUACGUCCUUUUGAAUGGAAAUCGAAGCAGUAGUAAAAAGUGCCUUGCAGCUUGGUACUUAGCCUUACUCGCUUUAAUUUGAGGCACAAUAUUCAAAAUGUAAAUAGAAAAAAUAUUUUUGAAUUUCGAACGCAUACAGUUCCUUAUUUUUUAUGAUUUUUUCUUUGUUUUUUGUUUUUUGCUAAAAUGUAACUUACGCGAAGUCGAUUGUUAUCAGCGUGUCAAGUAAGAAAACGAAAGUGAAUUUUUAUGAAUUUCAAAUUAAAUUGUCGAAGCUGUAUAAUGCAGUGAAUAAUUUUACGAUAAUUUAUAAUCGACGACGCGCUUCAAAGUGAUGGCGCCUACACAUAAGAUGCAGAAGUUAUUGCAAAUCAGAACUUCGAACAGGAAGAUGUAUAGCACAGACCGAUGAAUGUGACCCCUGUUGCAAACCCUCUUUUCGAAAAUAAAGCCGAAAAAAAUUGGGAACACCGGUUUUGAAAGUUGACUUCACUUGGCCCAAUGUGCAAAUACUGAUUUUUUGAUUUUUUUUUUUGCUCGUAGGCAUGGUUUUAUAUGCACACGUCGUUGGACCAAUUACCGUCUUCCAGACUCUAUUGGAAUACGACAGUUGGACAAGAAUUUGUACGUGGCACCAUGACUUACAAUUGUCAAAAAACUAUAAAUCGUUUUUGUUUGCACUUCAACAGUAACGAUGAUUGGAAGUCACCAGGUGAAGCUGGGUUUGACUUGCUAUUCAAGACUGCUAUUUACUUAAAACAAUAUAAUUCAGCAAAGCCACACAAAUUGGGUUUCAAAAAUUUUGUUUUGGAUGGAGUAACAGAUCAAGAGAGCCAUAAAUUUCAUUUUUUCUAAACUAUAAAAGCUGUUUCUAAAUAUUUAUUAUAAUAUCUCAAAUAAACAGUUACAAAAUAUUGUAUAAAACUGUUUGCCUUUUCGUUGCUAGCGCCGACUCUAAGGCAAAUCAAACUCCACAAUGAGUAUUAUAAAGCAUAACUUAAAUUAAUGCAUGCUCCAACUAAUUUAGAAACGGCUUUACUAUCGCAACAGUACUCUUAGUACUCAGUACUUAGUUCUUCAUGAUAAGUUUAUUUCACAAUAUUCUCUAAAACAAAAAGCGCACAUAUUUACGAUGAUGAAUAUGAAUUGUGCGGAGUUCCAAAAUUCAUGAACAAAUACAGAGAAUGAACGGUGGGAUUAACGCGUUUGUAGAUAAUAUAUGGUUAUUACGUCGUAAAAUGUUAGCUUUGUUUAUUAAUUAUCUCCCAAUCUCAUCUGUAUGUAGAGUACAAAAAUACGCGAUAAUCUUUGCAAUGAUCUCGUACAUUUGUCUUAUUAUACCCUGAACAAAAAAUUUAUUUUUAUUCGACAGACAACUAAAAUAUAGUUUUAUAUGUUAACUGGCCCCUUGCCCCGCUCAAAUCGGAAUGGGACCGAGUUGGAUAUCCAUAGACGUUUUAGGUUCUACUAUUGGACCAUUGAACCUCGCGUGCGCUUAGCAGGCGCUGAUCGACGACCAGCUCCUGUGUGAAUGAGAGAUCUUUUUGUGCAGAUGUACUGAACUACUUGCUCUGAGCAAAGUUCAUCUUGCUGCAAUUGUAGUUCUUACUGCAGACUGUCCAAUAGACAUUCAUGCGGUAAGACAUAAAUAAACUAUCCAAACAUUUAUAUUAUACGCUAUGAAAAUGGGUGAAAUCGGUUGACAACCACGGCUACUUCCUAUAUAACAAACUUUUAUACUUCCAUCUGAAUCUUUCACUUUAUAUCAUACCUUGCCCAAAUAGUGCCCUCAAGGUAUUUCAUUUUACGCCCAAAAAUUGUCAAAUCGGACCAUAACUUCACAAGAACACAGCCACAAAACAUGUGGACCGAACAUAUCGGUCAAUCUGUGAGGUCUAGUAUUGAAAUCCGGUGAGAAUAUUUUUGUGAUGACAGCAUUCUCUAUGCCUACUUUAUACCGCAUUUAUCGGUCAAUAUGUAGGAAAUGCUAAUGAAAUUCAGAAAUAAUCACUUUCUAAUAGUGCAUCCUUUUGCCUAAAAUGGGUGAAAUCAGGACCUUGACAAAUAACCAUUAGCUGAAAACUCACUUUUAAGAUGAUUUAUGAAACCUAGUAUACCGGAAAAGAUUAGUAGCUUAAAUCUUGGCUAGAUGUAGUUAUAAGUUUAUAAACUUUAAACAGUCAGUUUUCAAUUUCAAUACUUAUGUUGUUUCAUUUGAUUUAUCAUAAACUCAGACACAAAAUGAAUUCCUCAGAUUAGUAUGCACUUUUGCCUUCACCUCGACUUUCACGAAAAAAUAUUUAUGUAAUAUAUAUUAUAUGAUGAUUACAAUAUCUAUGAUACAUUAAUUCCGGCAUACAAUGACGGCUCCUAUGACGUAUGUAUGUAUGGUAUAUAAGAUAAGGCUAUAUGCAAGUGCCCAGCGGAACAGCAAUAACAAUUUGUAAUAUGCUUCGAGACAUCUCUGUGUUACUUCGAUGUAAUAAAGCUUAAGAAAUAGUUAAUAUGUCAGAUAUUUGUUCCUAAGGUGUUAAUAUUUACAAGUGCUUACUAUCGUUAAGUAAAUAAGUAUCAAAUUUACAACUAAAGUACAUAUGUAUUUAUGUAAAUACGGGUUUGAACAUUAGGGGAUUAUGCAAAUAGCUCUAGUAUAGUGCCUUCCUUUUGAAGGACGUAAUUUGGGAAAUAUUUAAUAAAAGCUCAAUUAAAAAAUCGUUUAAAUUUUGUAAAAUUUUAUCCAAACCAUUCGUCUAAAUUUAUUGUUAUCAAAAGUACAUUUUAAAAUAAGGUUCCCUGGUCAAAAUUCAUCCUUUAUAUUUGAAUGAGUUUAGUGAUGAAGAGCUAAGUUAUUUUACAAUAUUUUGAAAAUUUUUAUUUUUAUAUAUUUCUUUAAAAACCAGAAAAGUUAAGUACAACUAAGUACUAGAUAUCGUAAACAUUUUUUUUUUUAACUUAGAGGGCAGUUACUAUUCUUUGUAAGAGCCCUUGACUAUGUUACCUUUGAGAGUCCAAACCAAUUCUCGAAGUUACUAGCUUUUGUUACCACCAUAAUGUGAAAAAUUACUGCUCUUAUUGCACCCAUUUCUAUUCUUAUCAGCUCACUGUAAAACUAGGUAAAUUAUCAGAGGCAUCUUACGAGUAUAUAAAAAAUGCAUCAAAUAUUUUACUGUCUCCACAAGUCGGCCGAUCCGGUUGUGUUAAGCAGUGAACGCAUUGAAUUUAAUUUAAUUAAAGGAAAAUGAAGGAAACAACUGAGUCAGUUUUAACUUGGUUAACAAAAGAAUACUUCGAGACAAUUUUGCGUGAAUGCAAAAAAGAUAAAGGACUCAUUGUAACUAAUAUUACUGACUCUAGCGGCACAACAAAAGGUGAUAGUUUCGUUAGCACUUUAACGCGUUUUAAAGUGGAGUUCCUAGAGUCAAACUGCAAGGAGCCGCAUCAGGAAUUUUACAUUGCAAAAACUAGUUAUGAAGGUGAUCCAGUCAUUGCUAGACUUAUGAAUAAAUUCGAUGUUUACAAUAGAGAAAUGAUUAUGUAUAAACAGAUUCUACCACAAAUGGCCGCUUUAUUGCUGGAGAUAGGAGAUGAUGACAAACUCUUUGCCGAUAUAGUACAUGUGGACUUCGAAAGAUCAGCUAUAAUUUUUGAGGAUUUGUCGGUGUCACGCUUUGUCGUAGCCGAUCGCAUAGGCCGACUGGAUGAAUCACAAGCACGGUUAACCUUGAGGAAACUGGCUAAAUUUCAUGCUACUGCCGCCGUGCUUAACGAACGCAUGCCAGACAUUUUGACAAAUUUACAAGGCGGUUUUCUUAGACGUACAAACCGCACCUUUGAACCUUUCUACAAAGGCAUGCUUGAGGUAUGUGCAAAUUUCGCUCACAAUUGCGCGGAACUGGGACCUUACUACAAAGAGAAAUUACUCAAACUGAGGCACUGCGUAUUUGAGUAUGCUGUGCGGAGUUUUGAUCCCAAAGAUGGACAUUUUUUCACACUAAUUCAUGGCGACAUUUGGAGCACUAAUAUUAUGUUAUUAUUUGAAAAGCAGGACGAAAAUAAUGACACAAAGCACGUUAAGGAUGCACGAUUAAUUGAUUUUCAAUUUAGUAAUUGGUCAUCGCCAGCCGUGGAUUUACAUUAUCUAAUUAACACCUCACUUAAAAAUCAACUGCGUUUACAUCGUCAGGAUGAAUUAAUUCAAUAUUACCACGAGAUUUUAACUAGCACACUACACAAAUUAUCAUAUGGUGGGCAUAUUCCUUCUCUACACGAGCUCUGUAUUCAACUGGAGGAACGACGUUUUUACGCUUUUACAUCAGCGAUAGUAAACCAACCGCUGCAGAUUUGUGAAAAUAAUGCCGAUUCAGACCUUAAUAGCUUAACCGAGGUUAAUGAGCGUUCCAGAAAUUUUUAUAAAGUAUUGUAUACUAAUAAAAAGGUACAAAGUAUUGUGAAAUCACUACUACCAUAUUUCGAUCGGAAAGGACUUUUAGAUGUAUCUGAUUAGAUUUAAAUUGUGCAAGAAUGCUAGAUUGUCAUGUACAAAUAAAACAACAAAAAGAAAUAAAUUUUGCUAUCAAUUACAUA